GGAGUUGUGGUCCGCGGGGCGGGGACUCUGCGUCCCAGGAUGCAGUGCGCGGCCGCCGAUCGGGGGUUUGGGUCGAGGGUCGCGGCGGCGGCGGCCCGCGUCCAGCCGGGCUGGGUUGUUGAGCUGAGCGGGGCGCUGCCCCCUAGGCGAUGAUGGGCAAGGAGGAGGAGAUUGCGCGGAUCGCCCGGAGGCUGGACAAGAUGGUGACCAGGAAGAGCGCGGAGGGAGCCAUGGACCUGCUGCGGGAGCUGAAGGCCAUGCCUAUCACGCUGCACCUGCUCCAGUCCACCCGUGUUGGGAUGUCUGUCAACGCCCUGCGGAAGCAGAGCUCGGACGAGGAGGUCAUUGCACUGGCCAAGUCCCUCAUCAAGUCCUGGAAGAAGCUCCUGGAUGCUUCCGAUGCUCAAACCAGGAAUCAGGGGAAGGGCACACCUUUGCCCACAUCAGCCUCAAAGGAUGGCUCAGAGGCCAUGGAUCCCAGGGAUGUUGGUCAGCCUUUGCUGGAUACUCUCACAGCUGAGACUCCCUGCCCUAGCCAUCUGAGCCGCAAGAAGCCGGAGCUUCCCAGGAUGCUGUCCACCCCAAGGAUUACCACGUUCCCCCCAGUGCCUGUUACCUGUGAUGCUGUGCGCAACAAGUGCCGUGAGAUGCUUACCACUGCCCUGCGAACAGACCAUGACCAUGUGGCUGUUGGUGCGGACUGUGAGCGACUGUCAGCCCAGAUUGAGGAGUGCAUCUUCCGGGAUGUGGGAAACACAGACAUGAAGUACAAGAACCGCGUGCGCAGUCGGAUUGCCAACCUGAAGGAUGCCAAGAACCCUGACCUGCGGCGUAACGUGCUGUGUGGUGCCAUAACCCCGCAGCAGAUUGCAGUGAUGACAUCGGAGGAGAUGGCCAGUGACGAGCUGAAGGAGAUCCGCAAGGCCAUGACCAAGGAGGCCAUCCGCGAGCACCAGAUGGCACGCACGGGGGGCACUCAGACCGACCUGUUCACCUGUGGCAAGUGCAGGAAGAAGAACUGCACCUACACGCAGGUACAGACGCGCAGCUCUGAUGAGCCCAUGACCACCUUUGUUGUUUGCAAUGAGUGUGGAAAUCGCUGGAAGGUAGUUCUGCUGAGCACUCUGCAAUUGUGCUGUGGCCCCAGGCCCUGGCCAGUACUGCCCCUCCUGCAUUCUUGGUGGACACAGCUUCUCUGGAGACCCCCAGCAGGCAGCAUGCCCUGGUGCCUGCUGUGCAUCUUUCUCUCCUUUGCCCCAUUAUUAAAGGUUUUAUUUGCCAUCUUGCCAUCCUUGGGCCUUGCUCCUGGUGGACUGUACACGGGCUUCAACUGAGCCCCUAUCCCUGUA